AUGGAAAAAAUUAAUGAGCUAUACGAACAUCUCAACCUCAAACCUAUGAUGGACGCUGUUUUGCAAGAAUACGAUUCACAACUUGAAAAUGAAAAUGACAACCACCAACACAGUUCAGCGAAAUUGAAACUAAAGAUUUUGUUCAAACAAUUCAAUAAGAAACAUCCGCCUCAAUACCACAUGAAAUCCCACACUUUGAUUAAUGCUGCCUUCCAACAUCGGAUUGAAUCUAUGACACCUAAAGAAUAUGAGACAUUUCGUACUAUUUUUGGGCAUAUUGUGCAAUUUUUGGUACCAAAAUACCCCCAUAAAGAGCAUCUUUCACAACACAUGAUUGGAUCAAUUAAUGAGGUUAUCUCAACAAUUCACGCUUAUUGCAGAAACAACUACAACUACAAAACAUCCACACCCCCAUAUGACUACUUUUUCAAAAACAUCAUCACUUACUACCACGCAAGUUACUUUGGAAUGUCCAGUUUUGAGAUGGACGCUAACUGCAAGUCUAUUUCUAAAAAAGAGUCCAGGUCAUUUCAAUUCCAAAUUUAUACCAUGGGAGACCUCGCCAUAUCUUCCUUUAACAUGUCAAACAGCACUCAGGAAUUCACUUUGCCUGCUAUUCAUACGGGACCCAAAGAGGUGCACUUCAGUAUUACAUUAAGUCAUUGGCUAGUGCCCUUCAUCCGUUAUCUCCGUAGCACCAUAGAGCAAGAGCCAACUAUCCGUCAAAAAGAAGCUAAAAAGUUUACAAAUUACUCAGAGCCGGACUUCGUUAUAAAGUUGGCUAACGGCGAGAGGUUCAUCACUGAAUUGAAAAGAGCGGGAUUCGUAAAAUUUUACAACAAAAGUGUGCAACUGCACCAGGCAACAUUACUCCAAAUUGGUGGGUAUAUACAAGCUUGCGAAACCAAUGUAGGCUUCCUCGUUACCCCUCAUAUUUUGGUGCGAGUUGUUUUUGUAAUUCCCAAUGACUCGGAUAAAUCAAUGAAGAGUACCAGGGGCGGUACGAAUAAGCCCAGUUUUAAAAUUGACACAUUUAAUCACUACGACGAUACUAAGAGUGGAUUGUUGGCUGUAUGGUAUAGCAUGAUUCAGGACAGUCCACCGAGAACAUUGAACAAAGAUGAGUUAAAGGAGCUCGAGUCAACUCUUCAAGAGCUCAAGGCGGAGAUAAACCAACAUGAACAGGGAAAGUCGGAAGCAGGAAAACCGUAA